CUUGACACUUCGACUAUUUACAUCAUCGAAUCAUUAACGUUUUUGCAUCUAGAGCAUACGCUUCGAAACUUUGUUAAACAUUGUUAAGCAUUUAAGUUAUCAACAUGAGCUGCAACUUGUAUCUGUCUGGAAAGAAAAUCAAAUCCAUUUCUGGACCAAUUACAGUAUCCGAUAUACAAACAGAAAUUUUGGUGACGCUGGGACUCAGCACCAACGACUUCUAUCUUAUUCAAAAUGGCAUCAUUCACAACACCGAAUGUACACUAUCACCAUCGCAUGAUAUUCACGCAGAGCUCCGUUUGCUUGGCGGAAAAGGUGGCUUUGGUAGUAUGUUGCGUGCCAUUGGAGCACAAAUCGAAAAGACAACAAAUCGUGAAGCCUGCCGAGACCUGAGUGGUCGCCGUUUGCGGGACAUCAAUGAAGAGAAGCGUUUAAAGACCUGGUUGGAUUCACAGAAGAACCGCGAACAGGACGCCGAAGAUAAGCAAAAGAAAAAAAUCGAAAAACUGCAAGCCAAACCGAAGCACGAGUUCAAAGACGAGGCGUACGAACAGGCGCGCACGGACUUAACACAAAACAUUGCCGAUUCGGUGGAGGAAGGCUUUAAGAAGGCGGCUGAACAGCAGCAAAGUCUCAGUUUGAAACGGUCGGCCACUGAUGCAAAGGGUAGCGGUAAAAAGUUGAAAAAGAAGAAGAAAGGAGCUUUGUGGUUGGGUGACAUCAGUUCAUCGUCGGAGACCGAUUCGGAUUCGGAUACGGAUACAGAUGCUAAGCGUCCGGUGAAGAAAGCAGCGUUAAAGAGUUCUUCAGUUUCGUCUUGUCCGAGCACAUCAUCUUCGGCUGAUGUCAGCGAAGAUACGAGUAAUGCGUCGUCGGUGGAUAAAUGAAUCGGUUUCUUCUUUCGUUUUGAAAAUUAAGGUACGCCAGAGCAUAAAUUUAAAUUAUUUUUUAACUUUUCGUUUUGUUAACAUCAACCAUUUUGUAUAUAAUGCAACACCAAUGCAGUCGUACGUUGUAUGACAGCAACAUGUUACUUUCAUUGGACAGUACAAAUAAAGUGAAUUUAUUACGUCA